AUGGUAGCUAAAUCUAUGAUUGCUUUCAGUGCACAGUCUCAAUUAACUGAUAGUAAUAAUAAUGAUAAUAAUAUCACUACGAAUGGUCAAGACCAUGCAUUAAAAAGAGAUGAUGAUAAUGAAGUCGAAAAUAUAAAAAGGACUGACAAUGAAAGUAAACUGGAAAUGAGCACUGAUGAUGAUGAUGACGAUGAUGAGAAUCAUGAUGAUAGUAACGAUGAUGAUGUUAGUGAUGGUGGUGAGUAUGUUGAAGUAGGCAGUGAUUCUGGCAAUGCUCUUGCGUAUUUAUCAAAUAAUCCUACAUCUCCUUCCUUAUCUAAUUCUGCUAAUCAACAUUUUCUAUUGGAAAACUAUCCAUCGAAUACUACUACUACCACUACUACUACUGCUGGUACUACUGGUAAUCCUCCAAUUCCAAAUAGUGGUCGUCAUACAAUAAGUUCUGCUUAUGAACGAGGAGGUCAUGCUCCUACGCGGGCUUCUAUAACUGCUCUGUCUUUCAAUCCACCCGUUGGCAAAGCUUCUUCCAAAGAUAGUGGUGUUGAUUCGUCCACUGUACUCUACCCGAAACAAGCUGUACCACCUCCAGUCUAUACAAAUCUCAUUCAAUUGGCUCAUGCAGCACAACGUAAAUUUUCCAUGUCACAAUUACCAAUUGUUCAUUCAUAUGAAAAUAUAGAUAGUACAUUAGAUAGACUUCGUUAUGCUAAAACUGAUAUGACCAAUUGUCAACAACAAUUUGUUCAUCAUCAAUCAUCAAGUCGUAAUUCAAUUUCUACAAAUCCACAACAAUAUCAUUAUACAACAAAUGCUUCACCGAAUACUACUAAUAUUGGUAAUACGAAUAAUUGUAAUUGGUCUGCUUCAGAUAGUUUAAAUAAACUUGAUUUAAGUGAUUUAGCUGUCAGUCAAAGUUAUCAUGAUGAAGAAAGAAAGUAUGCUAAUCCUUCAACAGUAUUAAAACCUCAAGUUGACAAAUUAGCUAAUAGUACAAGUCUAUCUAAUUCAUGUCACAGUUCAAAAAAUUGUCUGGAUACUGUUUCAAUGUCUGAUGCCACUUCUACUGCUAAUUCUACUUCAGUUGUUGCUGGUAAUAAUGAGUUACAUUCAUAUCAAAGAAGUGGAACAGAUCCAUUCAGUAUGGAAAUGGAUGAACUUGAUCAAGUUAUGCCAGGAUCUAGUCGUGGUUCAUCACUUACAAUGGCUAGUUCAACAACAAAUGAUUCAUUGCCUAGUUCAAAUGGUAGUCCAGCGUUGACAAGUUAUAACGCGAAUCAAAAUAGUACACAAAGAUCAUUUUCAUCAAAUCCGAAUCCAAUGACCAGCGAUGAACAACAAAUAUUAGAGAACAAACUACACUAUGCAACUCCUGUAAUCAAAAACCAGUCUCAAUGCUCUACUACUCCAGGUCAAGUGUUCAAUCUGUUAAGACAGUCCACAUUGGCUAGUAAUCAAGUUUGCAUAAAUAAUCAUCAAACUAACACUGAUCUACAAACCAUCCCUGGGACAACGGGUGUUCCAAACGGAAAUGCUCCAACUCCUCCCCCUCCACCACCACCGCCUCCACCUCCUCCUCUACCUAUGUUUUUACCAGUAUCGCCAAGUAAUCUGUCAACACCUCAUCCAUCACUAGAAGAAACAACUUGUCCAAAAUAUUCCGAUUACAAUGAAACUUUGGCAACUGAUUUGGUCUCUGUAGAAACUGCUAAUCUUAUGUCUGAAUUAUCUUCACAAUUGCAACAACUUGCUGCACGAUCGAACGAUGUAAACUUUUCACAAUCAACAUUUAAAACAAGAGAUAUAUUUCACAAGGAAUCCAUAAAACACGAUGAUUUCGAUUUACCUCCACCACCGCCACCUUCUAUGUUUACAGAACAAUACUGCAGUGAUGUAGUGAAAUUAGAAUGUUCUCCGAUUCAGACUACGAAUAUUAGUUGUACUUCCACUACUAGCAUUAUUAGUAAUAAUAAUAAUAAUAAUACUGAUGAAGUGACUGACGAUGAUUCCAACAAAAAUUUAUCACCAUUUUUAUUGGCGUUAAAACAAAGUGUGAAACAACGAGCUGAUCGUAUAGCUGCUGAAAACUCAACAAAUAAUUGAACAUGAAAUGACGCUAAACUCUUUGGUGAUGACCAUCCUAAUGCACUAACAUUUUUUGUUAUACAUAUUAGGAAUUAAUCUUUCAAAUGUAGUGGCGACAUUCACAUGUAGGAAUCUAUGUAUAAAAGUGAUGAUGUUGAACUACACACACUCUCACUUGCUUUCUAAUAAAACCUGUCGAUAACGUUCGAUAUUCAUCCUUUCCUCAUUGUUUUCAUCAUUAUUAUUAUUCCCAUCAUAAUCAUCAGUACACGUAUUUAUUUUUAUUGACACAUUGAAGUAAUAUGCAGCCACGGUAAGAAGCAAACAUCUCAUAUGCUUACUACUUUUUUCUUAUCAUUGUUGUUGUUAGUGUUAGUUUUGAUCUUUACCACCCUCCACCGUUCCCAUUUUCGCCUAACUCAUCUUUUCUACUAUUUGUGUAAAUAUAAAUGUUAAGUUAUUAUUUUGUAUGACAUUAUCACAUUACUAGCUCUGAUAAAUAAUGUUUUUUGGACAUUUCACAUACACCUGGUAGCUAUACCCCAGUAUUAUAAACUGAUAUCAGGCCAGUACUUGUAUCUCUGACCGUUACUAGUUACAUAACGUCGCUUCUGUGUGUUUGUCUUUACGAACUCUUUCCUAUUACCAGUGAUAUGAAGAAAGUGUUUUGCAGAAAAGUAAACCGGUCAUUAUCAAAUACUUCUUACCGAUUAUCUAUUUGACCAACUGUCUCGUUUAACAAUUAAUCUAACAAUCUGUUCAAUUUAAAAUCUCGUCAGACAGAAUUCUGGACACAAUAGGCCCAUUCACACAUACACACAUUCAUGUACAUUUUCAAAUUCAUCUCUUCUUAUUAUCUAUUGUUAAUAAUCCGUUGGAAUUUUCCGUGUUCAAAUUUCAAAGAAAGAUCUAUUAUUAUCAUUACUGAAGCUAUUUCCUGUGUUUAUGCACAUGUCCUUUUUAGAUUAUUUUGUGUUUACAUUUUGCUUUCACUUGAAACAUCAGUAAAAUGUAUGUUGGUGACCGACAGCUUAGGGAAUCUUGUACGCCCUUUCUUUUUACAAAAGAAAUCAACCGGAAACAAGUGUUUUCAGAUAUAUUUAAAUUCUUA